CUCGCGGAGAUAGACGAGUCACCAGGUAGUGGGCGACGCGAGCAGAGGGGUAAGCCGAGAGGGGUAGGUUCCAACCGUCACGCACCUGUCAAGCGGGUAUAUAUAAAGAGACAAUCACGCAAUCACUAUGCAGGACAAGAGGGGGACAAUCAGCACGACAAUGAGGUCUCGGAAGGUCUGCUUCGACGACUACACCAACGCCUUCUUCGUCGAGAGCAGGCUGGAGACUCUGAAACGCCAGAUAGAAACUCGAAGCGGACUGACAGACGUUCUUAACAAGAGUCAAGAGGCGAGAUGUGAUUUUAAAAAGAGACAAUUUGAUGCUGCUAAAAGGAUCUUUACUCGUAAGAGCUCAAUGGCGAUGACAGUUCACAGGGACAACUUACAGGAAUACAAGGCUCAUUGGAAUGUGUUACAGGACAUUGCUCGGAAGAAACAGCGCGCGGGACUAUAUGAUGAAGAUGAUAUGGGCACGUACGGAGUUGGUUCCAGUAAAGUUGAAAUUCAGGAUUUAAUUGAGAAGAAGAUUAAACAGAGUUCACCAUCAGCGAAACGACGGAGAGACGCUCGGAAACACUUGAACCACAGAAACAGAGUAGAGGUGUUCGACAGGAAUCUCUCUACCUCGGCUCUUCUUAAGUCGAAGGUUAAGAGUCGAACAUCGACCAAAGGAGGGGACUAUAGAAGUAGGAGAAGUGGAAUUGUGUUGCCUCCCAUCGCUGUGACUUUCACCAAGAAGGAUGGGGCGGAGGUUGGGAACGGCGUUCAUAUUACUACAAGACCUGCGACCAGUGGACGAUACAAUGAUCUCGGACUCCCGGCAGUGUUUGUUACGGAGACCAACCACGCCGUCUGAUGUAGCAACAUCGACGACAUUUCUCACCACACUUUCAGUAUUAGACACAGUUGUGAUGACGAUGUGUUAAGGACUUGGGGAUAACGAAAUGAUGAUGAUUCAGUGAUGAUGAUGAUGAUGAUGAUGAUGAUGAUGAUGACGACGAAGAUGACGAUGGCGACGACGAUGAUGAUAACAGCUGUGAUAGUUACAACACAACGAUAUUCCACAGGGAUUAUUUUUUAAAGCAAUGACGUUGUUCGAAAAGGAUUAAGUGUAUUGACACAGAUUCUGUUAUGUUUGGGCAAACUUAUCCGUGAUCGUACACUUUCACGACGAUUAAUUGAGACCUUGGCAGACCUUGUGUGGCUGUUAUCGCAAACAGUUUUUAACUAGGAUGCAGAUGUAAGUGUGUAAUUGUGUAGACACAUGCAACAUCACGAUUGCACUGACAACUCACGAGUUCGACCCUCGUUACGCCGCUGAUCUCAAUUACCUGGACAUCUAACCCUCAAUGAUGCUCCCAGUUUCGUUAGUCUGUACCCUUGUUUAUGUGUACAGCUGUUGGUAAACAGUAAGAGUUUGGAUUAAUGAGGAUAAAUCGUAUGUUGUGCCAUUAGGUAACUUGCUCGGUCUGUUACUGUUGUUGACGAUAUUUGUCUUAACUACUGUAUACAGUGAGUGAGUGAGUGAGUGAGUGAGUGAGUGAGUGAGUGAGUGACGAGUAGUGAGUGAAACCAGAAAUAGAUUCACGCACUGUACCCAUGUGGGGAAUCGAACCUGGAUUUUCGGCGUGACAAGCGAACGUUUUAACCACUAGGCUACCCCACCGUGAGUGAGUUGUGUUUGAUUGAGUGAGUGAGUGUUUUGAACAGUGCUUCAUUAUAUCACAGCAUGCCAGCGUAAUAUGGGUUGAAAACCAGAAGUGAUGCAGGUUCUCCCACAUCAGUUGAGGUGUCAUGCCUUCUUCAAGGUUUACCUUUAUCAAGGGAAUAUUCAGAAUAUUCAGAAUAGCUCCCCAGUACUGCUUCCCAUAAUAGCCUACAAAACCUGGACUGUAUGGUUAAUGCUGUCUUUGGCUGAUGGCGGUACGAGGUCAAGACACCGUCGUUAACAACAGUGCGACGUGUAACGUUACAGUUACUUUUUCUUGAUAGUCUUGGGCACAGCCUGGUGUAUGCUUCGAGAACUGGCGCAACCGUAUUGUGUGGAUAUACCAUAUUCUCGCAUGUGAUACUUUUAGCAAUUUAUUGACUUUUACACACUUACCACGCAGUUUUUGUAUGCUGAACUCUUGCCAAAUAUAUUUCUAUCUGUUUAGAAAA